GCGCCACCUCAAAAGACCUAGCAACCGUUGCCGUUGAAUACUUUGGAGCAAUCACUAAUCGUUGCUUAUUUUCUCGCUUGGCAAAGUACAGCGUUAACACUAAAGCUCUUCUGUAUUUAAUGCGUGUUUAAAAGUUGACGACAGUUCAUCAUGGGGCAAGCUCUACAGCGGGCUGCACAGUGGACGUCCGCAAAAGAUGGUUCGGGUGGAAAACUGGAGUUCACGCCGAUAAACGAAAUGCUACUCAAUCACAUAUUGCAGUUCAUUGAGACGUUUAGCAGCAAAAAUCCAGAAGAAGCCAAACUGGUAUUCCGGAAGCCUUUAUCAUGGCAAAGCAAAUUAAACCCAUCCCAUUUCUCAGGAGGAUCCUAUGUAGAGAAGGGAGAGAACUUUGUGUCAGAGAGUAUCUCGGUGUCGGACUCUCAGCCUCUGUUUGUUCUGAAGAAGCUGGGUCUUCAGUCUUAUGAGGCGAGCAUCAGGACUCUCGAGUUUGCCGAGACGGUGCUCAAAGUGGCCGGUGACAAGAAAAUGGUCGAGCUAAGAGCUUGCUUAGAAGCCAACAGAGACCCAGUCAUGAACAUGCUUGGAGAGAGAUUUGCCACCGUCGAAGGGGAGGACAACUCCAUCUUCCGCUACAUCGAGGAGAUCACCAAGGAGAUAGAGCAGGAUGCACGUGCUGCUGCGAAGGCGGAAGCAGACGGCGAAUCAGGCAAAGUGGAUGCCAUCGUUGAGAAGAAACUCGUGUUGAGACUUCGAUUACAGCUACUGCAGCUGGAUGAGAAACUACUCAACAUGAGCAUUCAGAAAAUAUCCAGUGAAGUUCGUCUGACGCCACCGAUGGUUGAUGGUGAGGUCUCUAUUCUGAAAGAACUGUCUGGAGAAGAUGAUGAGAAGAACGUACUGGAGCAUAUCAACUACUUCGGUGACACUUUUGUCUUCAAGAAUGGUUGUCGGGCGCAGCCAUGGCGACAGCUGCAUGGCGAUAUCUCUUAUCUGGAGGUUAAACCUCACGACAGUGAUAGCAUGCUGUACAUCACUGCAAACACGAGCGGAUACUACUUAAAUAAAGGCCCAGUGGAAGGGAAGAAAGGAGAGCUGGAUUACGAUCGUCUAGAUCAAGACACUUAUCGCGAUCUCGUCACGUUACUCAAGGCCAAGAGUCCAAAAUUUGUCGAGCUGAUUGGCAAACAGGAGUUUGCUGUGAAGAUAGAGAAGCGCGAGGACCGCGUGGACAUAGUGGUGGACCGACACGACGAGGACGAGGGCGAUGGGACGCACCGCACCGACCAGCAGCGUCAACACCGGGAGCAGGACAAGGACAAGACGAAGAGCUCCAAGGAUGCCUCCGUCAAGAAGAAGAAGAAACUCGAACCCUCGCUCAAGUGGAAGGCUCUCGGGGUCGAGGAGUACAAAGAGAAAGACGACAAAAAAGUUGUUCAGAGGAGACAACGAACACCAACCAAACAGAAGACGAAAACUCCGGUGGAUGCCGAAGACUCGUUCAGCGAGAGUGCCACGGAGAGCGAGGAGGAGGAAGAGGCUGUGGAUCGCCGUGCGGAGGCCAACGCUGACUUGCCCAGUGAAUAUUGGCAGAUACAGAAACUUGUCAAGUAUCUCAAGGGAGGUAACCAGACUGCGACGAUCAUCGCGUUGUGUUCGCUGCGAGACUUCAACCUGGCGCACGAGACCUGUCAGCUGGCAAUCCGCGACGUGGGUGGGUUGGAGGUUCUCAUCAACCUGCUCGACACCGAGGAAGUCAAGUGCAAGAUCGGCGCACUGAAGAUUCUUAGAGAGAUCUCACGUAACACUCAGAUCCGGCGCGCGAUUGCGGACCUCGGCGGGCUGCAGACAAUGGUGAAGAUUCUGCGCGACCCAGAUAAGGAACUCAAGUGUCUGGCAGCCGAGACCAUCGCCCAUGUGGCCAAGUUCCGCCGCGCUCGGAGAACCGUGCGACAACAUGGGGGAAUCAAGAGACUGGUGAGCCUGCUGGACUGCGGCAGCAUGACGUCAACCCCGGUGGAGUACCAGAAGAAUGUCGAGGUCGCGCGGUGCGGGGCGCUGGCACUGUGGAGCUGCAGCAAGAGCAAGAAGAACAAGGAGGCCAUGAGGAAGGCUGGGGCAAUCCCUCUCCUCGCGGUCCUACUCAAGUCGAAACACGAGGACAUGCUUAUUCCCGUCGUGGGAACGCUGCAGGAAUGUGCAUCUGAGCCCGGCUAUCGUCUUGCAAUCCGAACAGAAGGAAUGAUUGAAGAUUUGGUGAAGAAUCUCAAACUGUCGAAUGAAGAACUCCAGAUGCAUUGUGCAUCAGCUAUAUUCAAGUGUGCAGAGGAGAAGGAAACAAGAGAUUUAGUUCGACAGUAUGGAGGUCUUGAUCCGCUGGUUAAGUUGCUUAGCAAUUCGGAAAACAAGGAACUACUUGCCGCGGCGACAGGAGCCAUCUGGAAGUGUGCAAUUAGUCCCGAGAAUGUGGAGAGAUUCCAGGAACUCAAAGCCAUUGAGCUGCUCGUCGCUUUGUUAACGGGACAACCCGAGGAGGUAUUGGUGAACGUGGUUGGAGCGCUGGGAGAACUAGCACAAUCGCCGCCCAACAGGACCAAGAUCCGCAAAGCUGGUGGGAUUCCUCACCUGGUCAGCCUGCUCACCGGAACUAAUCAGGCUCUGCUCGUCAAUGUCACAAAGGCUGUUGGGCUGUGUGCCGAAGAACCCGACAAUAUGUUAAUCAUAGACAAGUUAGACGGAGUCCGACUCUUGUGGUCGUUACUGAAGAACCAGAAUCCCGAGGUUCAAGCAAGUGCUGCCUGGGCCAUCUGUCCAUGUAUAGAAAACGCUAAGGAUGCCGGUGAGAUGGUCCGUUCGUUUGUCGGCGGUCUGGAGCUGAUUGUCAGUUUGCUCAAGUCCGAGCACAGAGAGGUGUUAGCCAGCGUGUGUGCAGCAAUCGCAAACAUAGCCAAAGACGAGGAAAAUCUGGCAGUCAUAACAGAUCACGGUGUCGUCCGAAUGCUAUCCAAACUCACAAAAACGGUUUGCAGUACAUGUAGUCCUGACUGCCUCCAAGUUUCCACUAGGAGAUUUCUCAUAGGCAGCUCAAACAAUGCGAUGAAGUUGACCCAGUCGGUCGGGUACACGAGUAAGACACCUCAGCCUUCGAGACAGAAAACAACGUUAUCCAAGGUUGAUGACAAGUUGCGACAGCACUUGGCGGAGGCAAUCGCACGCUGCUGUAACUGGGGCACGAACCGGAAGGCGUUUGGUGAGGAGGACGCUGUGGCUCCGCUCGUCAAGUACCUGAGGUCGAGUGAUGAGAAUGUCCACCGGUCGACAGCGCGCGCUCUCUUCCAGCUGUCGAAAACACCAAACAACUGUAUCACCAUGCAUGAGGCCGGCGUCGUACAGCCGUUGAUGAAAAUGGUCGGUUCGUCUGACGAGGAUCUUCAGGAGGCUGCCGCCGGUUGUAUUGGAAACAUUCGAAGACUGGCACUCGCUAACGAGCGAGCAAAAUAUGCAUAGACAAUUAACAAACAUCCACCUGUAGCAGGCAUUGUGACAUUAUUGUUUUCAGUUCUAUUAUGUUCGCAUGUGAUGGACAGAGUGAACAAAAUAAUGGAUAGACAGAAAUAUGGACUGAUCUGAUAUUAGUAGGCCAGUUCUUCGUAUAUUUUUCUGAGUGUGUACUUCGUGUUUGAGAUACAGGUUUAAAUGUCCGGCUCAACGUAAGCAAGGUCCCUGGUUUAAAAGCCUGAAGUGCGUGAUCAUAUAGGUGGAAUAGAUGUUAAAAUUGUAAAAUUAGCAGUCGCAGAAAUUAGAAAACUUUGCUAACUGCCAGAAAUUUCUUCUUUGUUGCUGUUGGAUUUUUUAUAUAUAUAUAUAAUGGCUAAAAUGGCUAAAACCAAGAAUCUUGGUUAAGAAACAACUUUAAUUAUUUCAUCUUUGUUUUAAGACGGGUUUAAAAAUUCUUUCAACCUUGACUUUUUAAAAAUUUCAACAAUAAUUUUUUUUUUUUUAUCUUUUUAUAAUGGCAAUUUUGAAACAGACAAACAUUUGUGUUCUAGAAAACCAAAUUAUAGUCAAGGCAUUUUGCUUCCAUUUUAUGUUGCCUUUUGAUGCUAAUAUCAAAUUAAGGUUCAAGCACGCUGUCCCUGGUACACAUCUCUGCUAUCUAAGCUGUCUGUACAGUGUUAGGGACAAAUGUUAGUUAAUGGUUUGUCACAGAGAAGUUUGUUUAGUGGUCUUGCACCUCACCAGUGAGCAACUAAAACUCACUGUGGGUGAGAGCCAGUACUGGGAUUUGAACCCAGUACCUUUCAGCUAUAAAGCCGUGAAUUAAUUCACUGUUGAAUGAAGCUGAGAAGCAGUUUUAGAACAGAGGUAUUGAUAUUAAUUCUGUAGUUGUAUAGUACAUAAAGACAGAAAGCAAAAGAUGCCCCACAACUGGUAUAUCAACAGCCAUGGUAUGUGCUGUCCUGUCUGUGGGAAAAUCCAUAUAAUAGAUCUCUUGCUGCUAAUGGAAAAAUGUAGCAGGUUUCCUGAGAAGACUACUUUUUACAAUUACUGUAUGUUUGACAUCCAACAGCCGAUGAUUAAUUAAUCUAUGUGCUCUAGUGGUGUCAUUAAACAAAAGAAACUCUUGAAUAGUACACUGAUUGCAGUUAUAACUAAACUUGAAGGUGGUAUAUUACGGGGGUGGGGGGGGGGGUCUUUAGAACUUAAUAUCCAUACAUACCGCUUAUUCAUUUAUACAUACCGCUUAUUUUGUGGUCAACUUAACCUACAGACAUUAUUUACGGAGUCAAUAUUAUGUAUUAUUAUUGGCUAUUUGAGUCAAUAUUCUGUAUUGUCCAUACCUUUGUACAGUAUUAGUGUGUGGAGAAAAAUUGAAUUAUUUGUUAAAACAUGUCACCUGCAAUACACAAGCUCGAGAUAUGUAUGUUAAUACCUCAGUAGGUUUUUAAAAAUUCCACAUUUUAAGUGAUUGGUUAAUUUUAUAAAAAGUUUUAAUUAAAUAUAUAUUGGUAUACAAUGUACAUAUAUUUAUAUUUUUAAUUAAUUAUAAAUUAUAUGUUAAUAAAAAGUGAAUUACAUUGUA